AUGCGCGAGGCUCGGUUCGCCGAGAAGCACAUGGGCGUCCCCCGCACUAUCUACCUCGCCACGAAGGCCAUCAACGGUCAGCAUCCCUCACUCACCAAGUCUGUGGAGGGGCAUGGCCGCGAGACCCACCGUUCCCCGCUUGUGCGUCGGGCGAGGGCGCAUGGGUUGCCGUUCUGCGGGACCGAUCGGAGGCCUGCCAACAAGUACCAUCCGCCCUUCAAUCAGAGCGGGGCGGUCGUUCCGGAGGACGUCUUCGCGAACUUUGAUGAGGGGAGGGUGGGGACGAUAGUGGACUUCCCAAGGAGGGACGGGCAUGGGCCUGUGCCGAUGGAGGUGACAGCUGUCCCACCGGAGUCGCCGAUGAAGGGUCUCAGGUCAGCCCCACUUGAGUACCCGACUGUUGAGAUGGAGGAGACGUCCUCCAAACCAACAGUCUGCUCGGCCCCUCCUUCCCAUUGGAUCCCUGCGCUUCCCCAGUCACAACGCCCGCCAACAAUGUCGACCUACUGCCGCAACCUCGGGCAUGUAUCGAAUGAGAUGGCGCACGCCCUCCGGAACAUCCGCGCAGCCAACACCCGGGAGCAGUCCGGGCUCCCUCCGACAACGCCUAUCUGUCUUCGGACCCGAGCCGGACCCAUUCGGGCUCGGGCUCAGUGUCCUACACCGGUCAAGCCUCGGCGCCAGGGACGGCUGGUGUCGGUCGGAGGCCCCUACUAA